AUGCCGCGCCUAGCACUACACCACAUCGCUGCCGUCGCGCUGAUAUCAGCGGGCAUUGCGAAUUUACCCUCGCUCGUCACGGCGGAAGAUCUCGAGGCGGAGGAUGUACCGCCCGAGUGCGCUCAGAUGUGUGCGCCGAUCGUGGAGUUGACGGGGCGAUGCGACGCCAUGACUGAGCAGAGGUUUGGAGAUUUCGGCAAGAGAUGGGAUUCUCACCAAGUAUCACAACGCACCAGCCGGAACAGAAGAUACACGAGGAAAAGAAGUGCUGAAAAGGGGGCCCGGGAGAAGAGGCAGGAAUCGGAAAGCGAAAGCGACAGCGACAGUGACGGCGAGGUCGAGAACUCGGGGAGGCCGCCGCCGGUGGCUGUGGCGGCGGCGAGGCAGGCUAAUAAAGAGUGCGUUUGCGGGGAGAGGUCGUUUGACGUCGUUGGUGUUUUGAACUCGUGCGCGACGUGUAUCGCGGGUAACGCGACGGCCAUCGAGGCGAACGAGGAUAUCAAGGAAAUCAUCGCCGAGUGCGGCUUCAAUGGUCCUCCGCCAACGCCUUCAGCACCAGCAACCACGUCCGCGCCUCCGGUAGUAGCCCCGGCAGAGCCCCCCGCGAAUACAGGACUGACGACGUCGCUGCCUGCAAUGCUGGCACCCGAGAGGCCAUCCGAGGUUACACCAUCGGCGUCAACUUCAUCAACGCCGCCGCCGCCACCACCUGCGAUAAUACAGACUCCGUCGGGGCCCCCGGUGGCAUCGCCGACUCCGGAGGUAUCAAUUACACCAGUUACUGUCUUUGAGACGCCGUCGUUCAGGACUCUACCGCCUAUUGUCUCCCCGAAUGAUUUCCCGCCUUCCAGGAGUGACGUGCAGAGUGAUGCUGCGGCUCGGUUUGACGGUUGGUUGUUUGGCAAGGUUGUGUUAGUCAUGAUGGCGGUUUUACUAUUGAAAUGA